UGAAGAUGUUGAAUGGGUAUGGAUUGUCAAAGAUAGAUCUAGUCCAAUUAAUGCAGGCAGUGUUUGAAGACAACAGAGAUAAUUGUAGUGAGAUCUGUAUAGAUCAUGAGUGUGUCAAGUUGCAAGAUUAUCCCGUUGGUCCUAGCUUCAUGGAUACUGCUAGCCACAAAUCAACUGGACACUGUGUAUGGAAACUCAGCAUUUCUGUCAAAUAUUACUGAUGAAAGAGAAAUGCUAACAGUUUGUCCUGGAGAGUUGGUCUCUCUAACCUGUAGCCAUGACAACGUUAAUGGCGAACAAAGUCGAUGGGAAAUUAGUGGAGCCAUGUCUUGCAAUGGUUUAGUGAGCCACACUACUGGUUUUGCAGAAUACACGUGUGGUCAAUUCACCAUCACCAUGGUCAGCAACAACACUGGCCCUACAGUGAGCUCAACUAUUCAAAUACCUGUCACUGAGGUACUUAACGGUACUCUGAUUGAAUGCUUUGCUGGUGGUCUUUUUUCGUCGCCACUAGUUGGCAACACCACACUGAAUGUGAUAGAUAUAAAUGCACUGCCUGUAACUGCCUGGGUGGCAAAUCUGAGAACUAAUAGUUUAUGUCCUGUUCUGGAGUGGGACCCACUGGACGCACCAUACCAGAGAUGUGUUACUGGAUACACUAUCAACCUGAAUGGAACAGUGUACAAUACCACCAAUACAUCUCUAUCAUUAGCUGGAGAGAGCCUCCCUUACAGUGAGACUCAGACAGUGACUGUGACACCAUUCACAAUCAAUGGACUCUUAUCAUCUGACACCUCAAAUAUCACUGUGAUCAAUCCAGACUUGGGAACUCCAGCAUUAUCCGCCUCCUUCAUAAUCCAAAAUGAAGCACUGAAGCUCCAAAUAGUAUUCCAGGAAAUUUCAAUUGAUAUUGCACCCAUUCGAAUGUUUGGAUACAUAACGAGUGGAGAGGAUUGUGUUCCUACCACAUUAUUUAAUGGAAGUUCAGUUGCAAUUGAUUUCUCAGACCAAUCUCCUGGAGAUGCUUACACAGUGUGUGUAAUGUUUAGAAACAAGGACUGCUCUGCUAUUAACUCCACCGUGACCAUUCCAGAUACAAUGAUUACCAUACAAGAUGUCACACCAUCUGACACUAGUUACACAGUCCGCUUGUCCCUCCCCUUCACUGGCUACCCUCCCAGUGACCUGCUCAUUGUCUCCACUCUCUCUCCCCCAUACUCUGGCCCAAUCAUCCUCCCUUUCCCCUCCACAACCAACCAAAUCACGGUGACCUUCACCAACAUCACUGCUGGACUCCUCUACACCUACACCACUAGAGUUGUUUUGGCCAGCAACCAAUCAAAUGACGUCGUAUCUCCACUCACUAGAGAAUUCAAUUUGACAACAUUAGGAGGUGGUGGUGGAGGAGAAUCAACACUCCCAGUUGCAGUUGUAGCAGUGGCUAUAAUUGGUGGCAUAGCUGUUUUCUUGUCUUUCAUAAGUAUGGUCAUAAUCGUCAUCGUUAUCACUCGACGUAGAACCAGCGAUCUAUAUCCCAAAGAAAUAGCUCGUCAGGAAACUUUGUACAAUCUCACAGACCAAGUGUCAUGAAGAAUCAGAUUAUGCUGUACCUCAAGAUUUGAAAUAUAUGGGAUCCAGGCUUAGCAAUUUGCACCAUAUGGGGGACAAUUUAUUGCAGAGUAUGGAUAAAGCCUGCUGCCUGUACUGUAUGCACUGCAACUGUUGUGGGGGUGGAGUGUUAGUAGAAUAAACACAGCCAUGUUAUCCAGAAUUGUGGGAUAAGACUUGAUAAGCCUUGGAAAACACCCUCAAUAACUCCCACUUUGGCUGAUAAGCACAACAUGUAAGAGUCCCACUCCCAAAUCAACUUCUCCUAACAUCUCUGAUGAAGGCAUUUAUUCACUGGUGUUCGACGCUCUCCCCAAUGGCGCAUCCCAAACAGUUGUCAGUGGGAAGAGCAAUGUACUGUAGCAGGCAUAACUUGGCCUUGUCACAACACAAACAGGUAUACACAGACUCACAAUUGGCAUGCAAUUCAUUGAUUUUUUUGUUCAGGUAUAUAAUAAUAUUAUUGUGUUCACUGCAGGUAUAUUAUCUUAUUAUAACUAUUUUUGUUUUCACAUGCCAGUCAAUGCAUGGUUAUUAUAUUCAUAAUC